UAGGAUGAACUGAUAAGAAAAUAAAUGGGGCCUAUAUGUGCAUAGCAUAUUAGCACCUUCUAGCUUUUACAAGUUCGAUUUAAGGUAAUAGGAAUGUACCGUUUUUUUAAGGCACGUUUUCCCAAUUGCCUGAAAGCAAGAGUCAUGUGCAAUGCCACACAAGGUGCGGAACGAAAAGGUAGGGAUGUCUUCCUUUCAUUUUGUAUCCACUUUUUCAUAUUGACUUACUGCACCAUCUAACGAAGUAGAAAUGUAGGGGUAGUAGUGGAACAUGUGCAUUUUGCGUAACGAUGAACAGCCGUGCUGAAGGGAACUGCUGGGUGGAGUGGCAAUGUUAAGGAUUUUGUGUGAAGUUCACGAGCAUUGCCUAUGCAGCUCCGUUUUGGUAAUGCUAUCCUCAAUUUAGAUUGAUUUGAGCAUUCCAUCUUUUUCCCGGCAAUGUUGUCAGUAUUAUUUUGAUUUCGUCUGUUAGGAAAGGUUGAAUCCGCACUCCGACAGGGUGUCUGUGUUGACGCCGAUGAUUGUGCUGAUCUCACUGGGCUGCAGUGCGUUGCUGUCAAGUUUUCAUAUGGAAAUUCGUUAUCAACUUCCCGUUUGAAUUCGUAGCUCCAUUUUAGCUGAAAUCUUUAUUGUUUGUAUUGCUAGAAUUAUGCAUGAUGAUUACUAUUUUCAUUUUAAAUUCUCCGGUAUUGUUGAGAAAGGAAAUAAUCGAAGUGAAUCUCUCUGUGUGCGUGGUCUUGAUGAACAGUGUUCUUGAAUAUUCUUGCUGUCAUCAAGUUAGUGCACAUUCAUCCUAAUUAUUACAUUCCAAGGCUAUCAGGAUCUCAAUCAAUGGGGUCCUUUUCUGGUGGCUUUGUGCAGCACAGCAAUAAGUUAUCGUAUUGUAAGCUGAAAGCAUGUGUAUUGUAUUUUUGUGGUAUAUUGAAAGAAAGUUUAUUCCUUAUUUUUUUUUUGUGUAUCCUUCUUUUGUUCCUUUCCGUAAAGAAGAAAUAGCACACAAAGCGAUCAAUAGCAAAAAGUAACGGGAGGAGGGCAAGCACAGCUUCAACAUUAUGGAGUCGACUCUACAGGAGCUUAUUCAGUCAAAUCUACAAUGGAUUUUUAUUGGUGGUAAAGGCGGUGUAGGGAAGACUACCACCUCGUGUGCGCUUGCUGUCCUCUUUGCAUCGACGCCGAGGUACAACGUCACCACUGGCGAGUCUACCUUUCCGCGCGUAUUGCUACUUUCAACGGACCCUGCUCAUAAUCUGAGCGAUGCACUGAAUCAAAAAAUUGGUAACUCCCCUACACCCAUUAAAGGGAUGGAAACAACAUUGUUCGCGAUGGAAAUCGACCCUGUGAGUUUUACUCAAGGAAAAGAUGUUUUUGGGGAGGAUUCUAAAAAGGGCCACGCCCGCAGCUCCUCCAGCGCUCCUACCCGUACGACUACUGCGUCUGCAGCUGUUUCGCCUUUUGCAGCUCUUGGAAAUAUUCUCCGUGAUGCCGCCAGCUCCCUCCCUGGGAUUGAUGAAGUAUCCGUCUUUGCCCAGAUCCUGCGUGGAGUGCAGGAUUUGAUGUUCGACGUAGUGCUGUUUGACACGGCGCCAACCGGGCAUACACUGCGCCUGUUAGCGCUCCCGCAAACCCUCAAUACGACGUUCGAUAAGCUGAUGAACUUAGAAGGGAUCGCGCCGCUCUUGGGUGCGGCUGAACACGUGUUGAAAAAUGUGAUGACGACACCAUCUGCGGAAGGCUCUGACGUGGCUUCUUCAGGUUCGCUAACCCCGCAAGGGCUGCGCGGCAUCGCGGAGGAAUGGAGAAGUCAGGUUCAGAAGGUUCAAGAGCAAUUCAACGAUGCAGCCAAAACCGCCUUCGUGUGCGUCUGCAUCUCAGAGUUUCUGAGCGUGUACGAGACGGAGCGGCUUAUCCAAGAUUUGAUGAAGUACAAUAUCCGAUGCGAUAGUAUAGUAGUGAAUCAACUUGUGUUGAAGCCAUCUGGGGAGCCGCCAUGCCGCAUGUGUGCAGCACGGCAGAAGAUGCAAGCCAAAUAUCUAAGCCAGCUUGAGGAUCUUUACGAAGAUUUCCACCUCGUAAAAAUGCCACUGUUGAGUAACGAGGUACGCGGCAUAGCGUCACUGCGCAGUUUCGCGAAGUUUCUGCUGGAGCCGUAUGACGCUGAUCAACAUGGCUAUCUAGAGGUCGAUGCCCACUGA